AUGUGGAGAGUGGUUGUGUUUGUGUUUCUGCUGUCCUACGCGGAGGUUCAUGUGAACGUUGCUGCAGAUGAGAAACCUGAAUUUGGGUCAGACGCGUCCAAACCCGUGGAAAAUGUGCAGACAGAAGAGACUGAAUUUGUCAGCACAAGUCCAACAAGUGCCCCAGCUGCUUCUCAAAUUGUCCCAGGCAACUUACUGGUGAUACCCAUGGAUGGGAGUCACUGGGUAGAUAUUAAGGCCCUCACACAAGAAAUGGGUCGCCGAGGACACCGAGUCACAGUGGUCAUGCCAGAGGUCACCAUGCGGAUGGGUCCAGGGGAACACUACAACACUUUAACCUACCCUGUUCCUUACGACAAGGCUACCAUCGAUCAAUUCAUGUCCUCACACAAGAACCUAAUGGACAAAUCUGCAGCGUCUUUCAUUGAGAAGAUUAGGCACCGGUUCUCACGCCUACAGCAAAUACAAGAACUCAUCCACACAACUGCAGAGAACCUGCUAUUCAAUGACACUCUGAUAUCACAUCUAGGACAGCAGGGAUUUGACGCUGUCCUAACAGACCCUGUAGUGCCCACAGGAGCCUUAAUUGCUCGGAAACUAGGUCUGCCCAUUGUUAAUGUGCUGAGGGGGAUCCCUUGCUCCCUUGAUAUGAAGGCUGCAGGCUGCCCCUCCCCACCCUCAUACGUGCCCCGGUUCUUUACCGGGUACACAGAUAAAAUGAACUUCAAGGAGAGAACUUUCAACACCAUGGUGGCUUUACUGGAGCCGCUGUUCUGCAGACUGCUGUACUGGCGCUUUGACAACAUUGCCCAUCAGUUCCUGGGUGAGAAGGUGGGCAUGGCUGAAGUGCUGUCUGAAUCUGCUAUCUGGCUGCUCAGGUUUGACUUCACUCUGGAGUUGCCGCGGCCUCUCAUGCCUAACAUGGUUCUAAUUGGUGGAAUCAACUGCAAUGUGAGAAAUCCUCUGCCAAAAGAUUUGGAGUCCUGGGUGUCAGGGAAAGAUGGCUUUAUCGUGUUCACUCUGGGCAGCAUGGUGUCAGAUAUGCCAGAAGAGACAACGUCCAUCUUCCUUGAAGCCUUCAGACAGAUCCCUCAGAAGGUUAUAUGGAGGUAUGGCGGGAAGGUUCCUGAUAAUGUCCCAGACAAUGUGAAGAUGAUGCACUGGGUGCCUCAGAAUGAUCUACUAGCACAACCUGGAGUUCGGGCUUUCAUCACUCAUGCCGGCUCACACGGCCUCUAUGAGGGUCUGUGUCACGCUGUUCCCAUGUUGAUGUUGCCCAUUGCGGGGGACCAGCCUGACAAUGCAAAGAGGUUGGCGAGCAGAGACGUGGGAAUUGUGAUGGACCUGUUCACUGUCACUACAGAAAGCCUUCUGCAGGGUCUGAAUGAGGUCAUCAAUGAUAGCAGGUACAAAGAGAACGUGCAGAGACUCUCAGCUCUCCAUAAAGAUCGACCAAUGGACCCCAUAGACCUCUCUGUGUACUGGACCGAGUUUGUGAUGCGGCAUAAAGGAGCAAAACAUCUCAGACCUGCUGUCCAUGACCUUAACUGGCUCCAGUACUUCUCCCUAGAUGUGAUUGCGUUUCUAAUGACUGUGCUGCUGAUUUGUGUGAUAGUGACUGUAAAAUGCUUCAAGCUGUGCUUCCGUAAACUGGCCAGGAAGAGGAAGCAGGAAUAACCGGGUGCUGCAUUUGAACAUUCAUCUCAGCUACAACUCCCUUUGUUAGAGAAAGGGAGAGAAAGUCAUCAUUUAAAAUAGUAGAGAGUAGAGAUGUUUCUGAUUGAUAGAUGUGUAAAAAGAAUGCAGGAAGCCAUGAACUGAUCGAAAGGAUGUUUAAUUAACAGAAAAUACAGAAUAUUAAUAGAUACAUCAUGUUCUGGGAUUAAGGUACAAUAAUCAGGAUUAGUGACCACCCUUCUUGGGAGGGAAGACAGCGUACUCUACAGCAAGAGCGACAGCAAAGGCUGCAAAGCCCCACUUGAAUCCUUUCAGCAGUACAUCAGACAGAGUCACAGCACGGGCAAAGCCGCCUUUGUACCUCCACACUUCGUUUCUGCAAAGUGAAAAGACAUGAAGCAGGGUCAGGAAGAAGAAUAACUACCAUAUCAGCCAGGUGCCAUGGAUGUGUAAAUACUGACCUUGCCCAUGGGUCCUUGAGGCCUCUGGCUGCCAGCCUCUGCUGUGUGAACUCCAUCGGUGUUCCCUCCACCUUCCACUGCUUUGGGUCUGGUAUCACCAGUUUGCUGGGGCCGUGGUCACCUCCCAUCCUAAACACAGAUGACAGUAUACAUAUUGAAGCAUUAUUUUGUGGCACUCAGAACCACUUUUUAUUAUUUUAUGCAAAUAGACACGCAGUACUGAGUUCAUAAUCCAGCUGAAACACAUUUCUUCUGAUGUAAAGUGAAGUCUAGAUUUAUUUUAACAUGCUGCAUUUCCAUACCUGAACCACAUCACAGAUCACAACCAACACCAAACAAUACUGACUGCUUAUUUUUUCCCUGCCAUCUUUUCUUUAUCAAAUAUAAGUUGAAGGUCUUUUUCUAUUUCUUUUUUUGACACUGUGAAAUUAAGCAUGCCACACUUAAAGUGCUGUGUAUCUCUUGAUCUAAUUUUAUGUCAUUUUGACCACUGUAUUUAAUUCCUGUCACAUCAAGAUAUUAAUCAAUACAAAGGGCUUUUAUAUGAAAGAACGACUGCUAAUGGGUGAUUAAUGUCAGAUUGGAACAUGAGUAAUACAACUUUAACACAUUUUAUUUUGAUUCUAAGAAGAAUUUAAUGAUUUCUGAUCUAUUUUUAAACAAGUAAUAUUUUUACAUGACACUGACUGAAGAUAUUUUAGGUAUUCCAGAUUCCUCAGGAUUAUUUUCUUGGGGUCUGUUUUAGUCUCAAGGUUUAUAGUGGAAGAAGAGAUGAGUGUUAAAAUGUCAAUGAAGGGAUUCUAGUUAUUUCACUAUUAAAGUCACACAGACAUCUUUUUAGUGAAUGGUGUUGUUCUUUCAUAACAAACAAUUAAGUUUUACAUUCUUCAUAAUAAGAAAGGUAAAGUUGUGGUGUAUCUUUUGGAUUUUUCAAAU